AUGCGCACCGACAUGAUGCUCUUAGAAUAUGCCCGUUGUACAUAUUACGUACCUUGCUUACUUUCCUUAAUCCAGCGAUCCGGUUUGGCAGAGCUGUUUCACAAAACAAUUGUCACCAAUAGCUAUUACCUCAGAGUCUGCCCUACAUAUGCAACAAUUGCCAUUCGUCUUGAGAUUUGUACACAUUUUGCUCGAGAAUAUGUGAAUAUAAAAGAAGCUGACUGGCUUUAUAGCUGUAAGCUUUGGUGGAAGAGACUUUUUCAAAAACAAAUGGUCAUUAGCUCCUAUACAAUAAACGUUUCUAUCACAUACGCCGCAUUUAUUGUAGAGUCGAUACCUGGAGUGGUCUGUUUAUUGGCUCCCAAGCCAAUGUUUAUGUAA